AUGAAGGUCAUAUCCUUUGUCAUCGAGCUUCUGGCAAUUCUCGGCUUUAAUACUGCCCAGACUAGUGGACUUGGGCGACCGCCGCUACAGUCUAGACAACAAGCGUGCAAUGGGAACGCCGCCUUCUGCGACCGCCCUUACUCGAAUGUCUCUCUUAUCGGCACGCACGACUCUGCGUUCGUUGGUAGCAUCGUCGAUCCGCGCGUCAACCAGGAGAAGUCUGUACCUACUCAACUGGACGCUGGGAUCAGAUUUCUGCAGUCUCAAACUCAUACAAUCAACAAUGGCGCACAGCUAGAGAUGUGCCAUACCACCUGCACCGAACUGGACGCGGGAAGUUUCCAGAACUACUCGAGUACGAUCAAGACGUGGUUGGAUGAUAGUCCGGACGACGUUAUCACGCUGCUGAUUGUGAACGGCGACAAUGUUGAUGUCAGUAUGUUCGACGCUGUCUUCUCCAGCACUGGUCUGAAGCAAUACGCUUUCGUGCCCUCGACAUCUCCGAACCAGCUUGCGAUCAACGAUUGGCCGACGUACGCCCAAAUGAUCACCGCGAAUACCAGGCUCGUGGUGUUCAUCGAUUCGAAAGCCAAUCAGAAUAUAGUGCCGUAUAUCCUUGAUGAGUUCACCUACUUCUUCGAGACUCCCUACGACACCACCGACCCCAACUUCGCCGAAUGCACUCUCGAUCGGCCAGCCGGCGGCAGUGCGGCCGGCAGGAUGUACAUCGUCAACCACUUCCUCGACGCCUCACUUUUUGGAAUCUUGUUCCCGAAUGAUGCCGCGGACUACACGACCAAUGCCGCUACGGGUAGUGGGAGUAUUGGAGCGCAGGCGCAGUUGUGCGAGAGCGACUAUCAACGGCCACCGAAUGUUGUGUUGGUGGAUAUGUUUGACCGGGGGGAUGUUUUUGCUGCUCAGGAUGCGCUUAAUGGUGUGUAG